GCCGUGGCUAUGGACGCGUUGUCUCUGGAGCAGCAGCUUCCCCCCUACCCGUUUUUUACCCAGACAACUUCCCAGCAACAGCAGCAGACCCAGGUGGCCAGUACCCUGCCUCAGAACACUCCUUUAAUGCAGAGCUCUGGUUUACAGCGCGGAGCGCAGCUGCCCCCGCUCUCCGUCACGGUACCGUCCUCCAUCCCGCAGUCGCCCCCGGGCAGCCAGACCCAGCCCUCCAUGGGGAUAGACAUCAACUCGGCUUCACUCCAGCAGUACCGCAGUAAUGCUGGAUCCCCAGCCAACCAGUCUCCCACCUCUCCUGUCUCCAAUCAAGGCUUCUCUCCUGGCAGCUCCCCUCAACAUUCUUCCAUUCUGGGGAGUGUAUUUGGUGACUCCUAUUAUGAUCAGCAGAUGACAGCUAGGCAGGCUAAUGCCCUAUCCCAUCAGCUUGAACAGUUUAACAUGAUAGAAAACGCCAUUAGUUCCAACAGCCUGUACAGCCCCUGUUCCACCCUGAACUACUCCCAGGCCGCCAUGAUGGGACUCACAGGCAGUCAUGGCAGCUUGCAGGACUCACAGCAGCUGAACUACUCCAGCCAUGGAAACAUCCCCAACAUCAUUCUGACAGUGACAGGAGAGUCUCCCCCCAGCUUAUCAAAAGAACUGACCAGCUCUUUGGCGGGAGUGGGAGACGUCAGCUUUGACACGGAUUCCCAGUUCCCUCUGGAUGAACUCAAAAUUGACCCUUUAACCUUGGAUGGACUGCACAUGCUGAACGACCCCGACAUGGUCAUCACCGACCCCGCCACAGAGGACACGUUCAGGAUGGACCGGCUGUGAGGCGCAAACACCCGGAGCGUGGGAAUGGCGCUUGUUCCUGGAGCCCAGCCGAACUGCAGAGCCCCACGGGUCAGUCGUGUGGGAACAGGGGCUGCCCAGAGAGCAGCAGCUCUGUCCUGUACAACCUGUACAAUGAGUAAAAGCUUGUCGUUCUAAGCUUGCCGCGCUGCAGACCCCCACUCCCUGUCGCGCCGUGUUUCGCCCCUUAUCCGCUCAUGGCCAUCGAUGAGUCAGGAGUUUCCAUCAGCCUUCUCCUCUCCAGAGCCCCCCCUGCCCCCCCACCAAA